UCGUCCCCCGCCUCCCCCUCUCCCUCCCCGCGUGAGCCGCCGCCCCUGCUCCCCCUGUUCGCACCCGCCGCCCCUGCUCCCCCUGUCCCGCGCCGCGGUGACAGGAUCCGAGAACACCCCUGCGGAUGCGUCCAGGAUUCAAGGCCUCCCCCUCCCUUCCCCUGCCCUCACCCCCCUCGGCGAUGCCCGGAUUCAUGGUGGCGCAGGCGCUGGAGGCGUCCACAGGGGGCGACACCGUGACCCUGCCCCCGUUCGACAUCAGCGCUCCUCCCCCCGACCACCGUCGAUUUGUAGAAGCUCCUCGCCCGUGCUUAAGGAUGCAGUGAGGGCGUCCACACCACCGUGCCCCCGCCUGCCGAGAUGUCGUGCGCGUCUUCCUUCCCCGGCUGCCGAGAUGCCGCGCACGACCCCCCACCAACGGCGCCCUUCCUCCCCAAAUGCUGCCGAGUCCCCACCAACGGCGCCCUUCCUUCCCCGGCUGUCGAGAUGCCGCGCGGCCUUCAACGCCGGAUCUCGCCCCAUGGCCACCAACGACGCCCUUCCUUCCCCGGCUGCAAGGAUGCGACUACCCCACCAACGGCAACGACGCCCUUCCUCCCCCACAUGCUACAUGCUACGCGCGGCCGAGAUCCCGCGCGGCUCCCCCACCAACGGUGCCCUUCCUUCCCCCGGCUGCCGAGGUGCCGCGCGGCCUUCAACGCCGGAUCUCGCCCCAUGGCCUCCAACGACGCCCUUCCUUCCCCGACUGCCGAGAUGCGACCACUGCCGCUCCCCGAGGAGGUGGUGCCGAUGUACCUACGACCUGCUCCUUCCACCUCCCCGCCUUUCUAUGAGAACGCCGCCAACCUGCUCAACCUGGCACCGCCGCCUCCAUAUCAGCCAUCUCCCGCAUGGUGUCUCGACGUCGUCCCUCGCUGAGCACCCCCUCGUGCUUGGCCAUGAGCGGCGGCGUGCUGAACUCCCGUUCGUUCGGUUCGUCGCUCGGUGGAAGCGCUGUGGCGGAGCUCGGCAGUAGACCUCACCGUGGACUCAGGAGACCGACAUCCCCAAUCAUAGCGAGAGGGACGACCAGCAGGACACAGUCCAAGCGGCAAGGCUUCCCCAUGGUAGAUACGAGACGAUUUCUAGAGUUCAGUUAUCCUGAGAUGCUCAGAUGUUUGCUGCGCGAAAAUCUUCCUCUCCUUUCAAGCUCUCAGGUUGAUUCAGAACGGGAAUUUUUUAGUCGUGGUAUAAAAAGAGUUUGUACAAAGUAUGUUCUAACUUUAUCAACUAAAUCACUCACUUUGCCAAGUAAAGCUUGGGACUUCCUGAUCAAUAGUAAAUACCAUUCCUAAUACUGCAAAAGGGCACUAUCGCCUUCCAAUUCUUUUUUGCAUGUGACAUAUAAUACAUGCAAAACUGUUUUUAAUCCAUUUCUCUAUGAUGGCAGUUAAAAUGUGUAUAAUAUUCGAUUCAUGAGAGAAACAUUGGAGAUAUUCCGGUGUGCUUUUAUAUGGAAUGACCCGACCUGCAGCACAACUGUCUAAUAGUCUCAUAGUUCAUUUCUGCUAUAUUUACAUUUUUAGUAUUUCUUAUUUCAUUUGUAGUUCAGUUUGUUUGUCCAUAAAACUAGAUCCUAGACUGCUUUGCACUCAGCUCAGACCAAAGCCCCACUCUACAUGGACCAGUGUGUAAUCUUUCUGUAUGCAUCAUCUCUCUCUCAUGUAAUUUAUCUCUAUCACACAUGUAGGUUGUAGUUACGCAACCCAUAUGGUUAGUGCAUUAUCCUGGAGUUGCAGAAUUUAUGCAGUAGUUUCAUGAGAUGUUAAUCAGAUCAAAAGAAUUAAAGAGUUUGUUUAUCCUGAUUCCCGAGUUCAUUACUAAUUACACUAGCAAUUCCUUGUCCAAUAUCCAAUUAACUACUUUUCCCCCUGCCUCCUCUACUAGAGAAGGAGAACUUUUGUUGAUGAACUUAAUAUACGGAGCAUCUUUGAAGAAAAUGAUGUUAUCUGUGUCAGUGUGAUACUUGCUCUAUUUAUUUCAAGCAGUUAUUUUGUCUUAGUGCUGGAGUCAACAUUUGGGGUAUAGUGACUUCAAAUCUGUUUUUACUUAGGGUGUUGAGCUGACACUUUUUGCUUCUAUAUGACUGUAUCUAUAAUGCCAGCACAUCACAAACAAAUGCACGAUCAAUGUGGCAGUGCCCAAUUUUUGUCAUUAUUAUAUGUCAAGGAAUAAUCUUAUUUGCUUGUGCUUCCCUGUUUGCAAAUGCCGGGGUCCUGGAGCAAGUCUUCCACCCCCGAACCCUCACGCCACCGCCGCAGCUGUCUUCGGUCUCCCGUGCUUCCCUUCGAGAGAUCAAGGCUAAAGUAACCUGUCUCUGUUUGGUCAUUAUGCUCUAGGAUCCUUCAACUUGACAUCACAGCAAUCGUUGAGGAGAGCCUAGACUUUUCAACGGAGGUUAUGGAUUUGGCAGCAGAGGAACUCUUGGAGAUUGUGCCUCUUGGAAAAGGCUUCUUUCUUGCCAACUAUCCUAUUUCAAAUUUGGAUUGACCAUUAUCGUUCGUUCCUUUGUUCUCCAUCUUUUACCUCUUGUAGUUACACAAGAACAACUUGAUUGUGCUAAAGAGGCAAUCAAAUCUACAGUUCUGAUGAACUUGGAAUCAAGGGCUAAAAUAACCUGUCUCUGUUUGGUCAUUAUGCUCUAGGAUCCUUCAACUUGACAUCACAGCAAACGUUGAGGAGUGUAACCAGCAACCUCAGCUCUGAAAAGAACCCUAGAGUAAACACUCACAUCAAGACACUCCAUUGUUCACUCUUGGGCUGCUCCUACCAAUGAAGCAAGAGCAUCUCCACCUCGCAAUGGUCCACUCGUUGUAUUCAUCACUAAGUUAGCUUGAUUCCACCAAUGGGUGUUCAUGCUGUUGGAUGGCAAGUGACAACCCCUCUUUGCAUCCUGCAGUGUUUCACCUUUCUAAUAUUUCUGUUUGCUCCCAGUGGCUUGAACCCCUACAAGUGCACCUGGCAUUGGUUACCAAUCUGCAGAUUCAUAACAUCUCAUGAAAAGGAUGCGUGUUGGACAACCAGAUAAGGUAUUACAGAGAAUAUGAAUAAUCUGGAGGUUCUGCUGAUGCAUGUAAAUUAUGGAAUUAUGGUUUCAAUUCUAGAUUAUUUGAGAAUGGCACCUCUAUAUGCUCAUUGGGCAAUGAUCAGAAAGUUGGAGAUCAUAGAAAUACUGAGAACGCUGUAUCUUGUUUACAUUUAUGGGCACUUUUGAAAAGAAAUUAUUUUGUAUGGUAGUAUUGUUGAAAAGAUCAAUAAUUUAGAGGAUUUGAUGAUCA